GACGUAGUCGCGCUCGCGCUCCUGUUAACGACUCGACUCGAGUGCCUCACAAACCGAAACAUCUUAAGUGCGUGAGUUUGUCCAAGUUCAACCGUAAAAUUAAAGUCUAACAGCGUCUUUAUUUGUUCGGUGAGGAUCAUCGAUCAGCUCAGAGUUGUGGACAUAUGCGGCUGCGGUUUGCGAGCGCUUCGUUCGAGUAGGUGUGGAGCAUGUGGGCCAGCUGCUGCGGCUGGUUCUGUCUGGAUGAUUCCACCGUGGACGACACCAGAAGUAGCACACGUCAUCAGGCCUUCACCAACUCGGGCUUCAGCAGUUACCCAUCUCCCCCCGCUCCAGAACAGACAUGCAAGGCCUGUGGAGGUCGCUUCGACAGCCACGCCAGAAAGAGCUUGGCUGAGGCGACAGCUGAAAGCGAGAUGGACGCUGAGCUGCAGGUGGAGCAGGAGUUGCAGUCUUCAGACUCUGAGGAAGUGCUGGCUCCGGGGCGACGGGCGUCUCUCUCUGACCUCCGAUCAGUGGAGGACAUUGAGGCUCUGAGUGUCCGGCAGUUGAAGGAGAUUCUCGCCAGGAACUUCGUCGACUAUAAGGGCUGCUGUGAGAAAUGGGAGCUGAUGGAGAGAGUCACGCGUCUGUACCACGACCAGAAGGACCUGCAGAGCAUGGUGUCUAAUGCCACAGAAGGCACAGACGCCGGACCUGGGACGGCCGUGGAGGAGAACCUGUGUAAGAUCUGUAUGGACUCACCCAUUGACUGUGUUCUUUUGGAGUGCGGACACAUGGUCACAUGCACAAAGUGCGGCAAGCGCAUGAAUGAAUGUCCGAUCUGCCGGCAGUACGUGGUGCGGGCAGUGCACGUGUUCAGAUCCUGAACAACUGGAUCCAUUUUCCAUUCACAACUCACCGCUAUCUCACAGUCCUUCCCUCCAGCAACGGAUACUGUAGAAAACUGUCAGGUGGCCUUUAAUUCUCGCACAAUUAUCUUGCGGCACUUUAAACUAAUGUGCAGAUCUCCGAGCAAUAACUGUACUGGAUUCAGUUUUCAGAUUUUAUUCUUCAAGUAACUUCAAAGUGUGCCUUCUGGAUGUUUUAAAGAGGAAGCUUUAUUUUUGAUCAUGGGAUUAUGUCACAUGUUAGUUGACACAAAUCAAUGCAACAUAAAUGCCUGUUUCUGCCAUUUCCCACAUUAGUAAACAAUGAAAGAAUCAUAUGAUCGCACACAGACAGCAUCUUCUGAAAGCAUGUAAGUGCCUCACAAUGCACUGCCCCGGUGCUUCUCACACACCUGUUU